AUGAUUUUCAAGCUGUUAAUUGUAUUCGGAGCUCUUUGUGCAAUCUAUUAUUUAAAAAGAUUAUAUAAUGAAUUUUACUGGAAAAAACGUGGUGUGAAGUUUUAUCCAAAAGGUAAAGUCAUUGGUCCUUUGGGUAUAUUCUUAACAACAAAACAGGCGUUAUUUGAAAUAUUUAUAGACAUUUAUAAAAUGUAUCCGAAUGAGCCAGCAGUUGGAGUUGGUUCAAUUUUAAAUCCUGCUCUGUAUGUUAAGGAUCCAACAAAUGUGCAGCAUGUCUUAAGUUUAGAUUUUAACUCAUUUUAUCACAGAGGUUUUGAUGUGAAUGAAAAUGAUCUACUUGCCAAUAACAUACUCUUUUUGAAUGGGAGUAAAUGGAAAUUGAUACGCCAAACCAUGACACCGCUUUUUACGUCAUCAAAACUAAAGAGUAUGUAUUACAUAAUAGAUCGCAGUGCUCAAGAUUUCGUUGAAUAUUUAAAUAAUCAUCAAGAAAAAUUAAAAGGUGACAUGUUUAAUACAUUAUCUACAUUUAGUAGUGCUGCUAUUGGAGCUGCUGUGUUUGGAAUUGGAACUGAGUCAAUAUUUAAUUCACCCUUCCUUAAAAUGGCUCAAAAUGCUAUGACACCUACGUUUUCACAAAAUAUUAAGUUUGUGAUAUCUGCAUUUAAUGGAACUUUAUACAAACUUUUGAGAAUUAAACUAUAUAAACAACACGAGGAAUUUUUCAUUGGUGCUGUAAAGCAAGUUAUCCGCCAAAGAGAACAAGAAAAAAUAAGGAGGCAUGACUUUGCAGACCUAUGCGUAAAUAUACAAAAUAAUGGUGUCUUGAAAGACCCUGACAGUGGCUUGGAAAUAUAUCCAACGGAUGAAGUAUUGGCAGCGCAAGCGUUCUUCUUCUUCAUUGCUGGUGUUGAACCUAGUGCGGCCGCUAUGCAAGCAACAUUGAUAGAAUUAGGACGCAAUCCUGACGCUCUAAAACGUGUUCAUGAUGAAAUUGACAGCGCGUUUAAGAAACAUAACAACACAAUAACAUAUGACAUCAUUCAAGAAAUGGAAUAUCUUGAAAUGUCAUUAAAUGAGUCAAUGAGAAUUCAUCCCUCGGUUGGAUAUUUAACUAGAGAAUGCGUUCGUGAUACCGUAUUACCAGUUGGAAAUAUCAAAGUUGAAAAGGGUACCAAAAUAUUUACUCCUCUUUAUGAAUUUCAUCACGAUUCAAACAUAUUUCCAGAUCCCCAAGUUUUUAAGCCGGAGAGAUUUUCCCGCGAAAAUCGGAGUACAAUAGCAUACAAUGUGUUUAUGCCAUUUGGUAAAGGCAACAGACUUUGUGUUGGUACAAGAUAUGCCACAUUGCAAGUGAAAGCAGGGUUAGUUCACUUAUUACGAAACUUCACGGUCAAGACAGAAAUAGGCGAAGGAGGAAUUAAGUACAAAAAGCAUCAUACACAAGUACGGCCAUACAAUCUAAGGAUCGAACUAUUUCCUAGAAAUAAGGAAAGGAUUGAAUAG